UCCUUCUGGGUCCAGGAUCAAAGCUUCGAGCUUUGGAAAAGAGUUGAGGGAAACAGACAUGGCGGCUAACUGCGCGAGGCGAACCCUACAAUUCUCUUCAGCUUCUGCAAAAACCCUACUCUCCCGUCCACCGUCUUCACCUUUCGCCUCCAAAGCUUCCAAGCUAACCGAACUCACUUCCCUCAAGUCCGCUUCUGCUCCUCGACUCGCUGCCCAGAAGCUCAAGUUCUCAAGGCUUCCGGUGGAGUUGGGCGGUGCGCAGUCGUUGAUCCCGUUGCACAGUGCUACCGCUUCUGCCUUGUUGACGUCGCUCCUGUCUUUGCACAACACCAGCUGGGGGUGCCUAUCAGAAGGUUUCGCUACUCCACUAUAGCAUGGCCUGAGCUGUUUCUAGACUGUAGUUACGAUGACCUGACAUUCUGCAUGUCCUCGUUCGAAAUUUUGAAGACAAGAGAUCGGGAAUAGCCUGUUACAACUCUGCGACUAGCUUACUGUUGUUUUUGAAACAAUUGGUAAAUCGGCUGUUAUGCUUAUUGGUUUUAUUGGCAAUAAAGUCUGCAAUACAUUAUUGUAUCAUGACAAACAAAAUCUUUGAACUUUCCGACAUGGUCGAUUUCCUUAGAGUUCGUUUGAUAGCCAUUU